AUGACGCUCAUACGACAAAACUUCAUAAAACGGACUUCGAAGGUAACGCGCACAUUUAGCUUCAGACCGAAGUCAGGUAAAUCUGACUCGGGAACCUUGGGUGCCCAAGGACAAUUCAGCUUCAGACCACUAGGAUUUCGCUCUCCAUCGCACCAAGCGGGCAGCCGACUUAGGACAACCCUGGUCACCCGUUCAGUUGAGCUCGUCCGCUGCCCCAGUUUGCCCGUUACCCGGACUCCGCGUGGCCAAGUUCUCCAUCAUAGCUUUGGCGCAUCCGACCGGAUCGGAAAGUCGUUUAAUUGGGCCAGCCAUGAAACCAGGGGACCGCGGCUCGAAGAGCUCUAG